AUGGACAGCCCGCGUUCUCGGUCUCCACAGCCUGAAACUGCACGACGGAGACGGAGUAGGUCUCCUGAUCAUGAUAGAGCGAGACGCCCGAAAAAUCAGGGUGGUUUCCGCUGGAAGGACAAACGACCACGAGAUGACAGAUACCGUGAUAACGAGCGCAGAUUAGACCGAGGCUAUCGCGAAAGGCGUCGAUCCCAGUCUCCUCGUCGUGAAAGAAGUAGAGAGAGGUACGGAGAUCGAAACAGACCGCGCGAUUAUAAUGCUCCGUCAAGGCCUGAUCGCGUGAAGGAUGGGCAACAGGACAGCAGCAAGCCAAAGCCGGCGCCGAAGAAAGCUCCGGUAGUAACCCCGGGCGAAGAGAUGAUUAUCGUCCAUGUGAAUGAUCGGUUGGGUACCAAAGCCGCUAUUCCAUGCCUUGCCUCGGAUCCCAUAAAACUCUUCAAAGCCCAGGUAGCCGCACGAAUCGGGCGCGAGCCACACGAGAUCUUGCUCAAGCGUCAAGGCGAGCGGCCUUUUAAGGAUCAACUCACGUUGCAGGACUAUGGCGUCUCGAAUGGUGUACAGAUCGACUUGUGA